CGGGGACGCAAGGCACGCAAAGUUUCCAAGAUGGCGACGGCCAAUGAGGGUGUUGGUGCCGGUGGUAUAAAGAGCUCGCACCUCGGGAUCCCGGAGGCCGUGUUUGUGGAAGAUGUGGAUUCAUUCAUGCAGAAACCUGGAAAUGAAACAGCUGACGUAGUGCUGAAGCGAUUAGAUGAACAGUAUCAGAAGUAUAAGUUCAUGGAAUUGAAUCUUUCUCAGAAGAAAAGGAGACUAAAGAGUCAGAUCCCAGACAUAAAACAGACGUUAGAAAUUUUGAAGCAUAUGCAAAAGAAAAAGGGCACUACAGGGCCAAUGGAAACAAGGUUUUUAUUGGCAGAUAAUCUAUAUUGUAAAGCAUCGGUACCGCCUACAGACAAAGUCUGCUUGUGGCUUGGGGCCAAUGUGAUGCUUGAAUAUGAUAUUGAUGACGCUCAGGCUUUGCUAGAGAAGAAUUUGUCAACAGCCACCAGAAACCUUGAGUCCACAGAACAGGACCUUGACUUUUUGCGGGACCAGUUUACCACAACAGAAGUCAAUAUGGCUAGAGUUUAUAACUGGGAUGUAAAAAGAAGAAACAAGUCCGAUGGCACAAAAAUCAAAGCAUAGUUUUAAUUCUUUCCAAGUAAUGGUUGUUUUAGAUGGGCCCUCAGCAGACCUUUGGGAUGGCAUUACAGUCUCAUCUUCUCCCCCUUUUUUUUUUUUUCUGUCUUUCCUCUUAACCAUUGAUCUUGAAGCGUGCACUUUUUAUUUAUUUGUUUAAUCCAAUUUCAUGCAUGCCUCAAGGUAUACUGGUUUUCAGUAGAAAUGAGCAGAAGAAUCUUUCCUCUUGCGUCCACCUAAACUCGGACUGUAUAAGACCAUGUACAUGAGCUGCUGAAAUGUGUCGCCCAGCUACUUGUAGUUCUUUACAUGCCAUGUCUGUAUGCUCCAAUAAAUCCACUAAGGGCUGAUGUUUUUUUAUUU